AUGGGUGUCUCUGAAAGUAGAGUCGUCAUCGAAACUCUCUCUGCUGCCUGCGCGGAGGCCGAGGAAAAUGAGAAGGAUAACAUUGAAGACCUUCUUACCAGCAAAGUGGUUUUAUCAGUUCGCUGCGAUGCCUUUGGUCUCAAAUCCCAUAUCAGAGCAAUACCACUGAGUGGGCCGGACAGGGAAGAGGAAAUUCGACGUCUCAAGAUUCGUGGAAUUUUGGAUGUUGAGGGCAAGAAUAACAUAGACGACCUAGCGGAUGCCAUGUUCGGCAAACUAUGGGAGAAGAUCGAAGAUUCAAUAUCUCGGGGUACCCAAUUCACGGGAACAGGUCAAGAUUGGGCACUCCAACAGACGCGAUCUUUCCGAAUACAGCAUGCAGGAAACUCUGCAAGGCAAGACGUGGAAAGACAAAUUUAUCCCACGACAUGCCCAGAAACGAGGGAAGUGGAGUAUCCAUUAGGACACUCUCGUCCACACUCAGCAGCUCCAGUUCCGUCCACUUCCACCUCGAAUCUCCAUAUCGCAGUCAGUAAUUCCGCGGCGCAUCUUCCAACCCACGGAGACGGCAACGAGAUAGCCCGAGAUAGCCCUGGGUUUUCUGCCGAGGAAAUUUCCGCACCAAUGGUGCAGUCCGGGUCCAUCGGCAUGGUAGGCGAGCAUACCCUAGCCUGGAUGGGCAGUACGUUGAACAUGCAUGAAAACGCUUAUCCAAUACCACAAGAGCCCAUGGACGCGAUUGACGAGCGAGCCAUUGCUUGGACGGGCAGCACAUUGAACAUGCAUGAAAACGCUUAUCCAAUACCACAAGAGCCCAUGGACGCGAUUGACGAGCGAGCCAUUGCUUGGACGGGCAGCACAUUGAACAUGCAUGAAAACGCUUAUCCAAUACCACAAGAGCCCAUGGACGCGAUUGACGAGCGAGCCAUUGCUUGGAUGGGCAGCACAUUGAGCAUGCAUGAAAACGCCGACCCAAUACCACGAGAAUCCAUGGAAAUGCUUCAGGAUCGAGAUAUUUUCGGACCAGAUGGUGCAGUGGAGCCAUUCGCGGUUGAGUAUCGAGAUCCUGAAUCCCAAACUUCCAUUGAAACACCCAAUAUCUCGUCACAAUACCACUGGAGCGUUUCUCGUCAGCAAAUCCAGUGGCCUGUCGUCGUGAAAUGA